CGGGAAGUACAGCACACCUCUAUGGUGAUUGGACGCAUCGGAUCACUUGAUGACGGAACACAAAAGAAUAAGCCUCAUGGUUCGUGCUGCCGGGAAGCUUGUGUUUCUUGGCUUAGUACAUCGACUGAGUUCCUGUUGGCACGCCUGACCACGUUCCAAUGCAUCAUCUUCCGAUCUAUACAAUCAAGCCAUUUCUAUGACGGAGCCUAGGAAGGCUGAAUGUACGUAGAGAUAGUGUGCAUAGAUAAGACCCCGACGCUGCUGUUGCUGCUGCCACGCCUCUUCCAUUUUCUUUUGCAUCAUCUCACUCCGCCCAAUACUACAUACAACAAACUCGUCCACCAGCCAUCAAAAUGCCUGCUCAGAACGACAUCGAGAUGCAAUACCAGGCCGCGGCGCCUAUGGAUGCCGCCAAGGCCUCAGUCGACUCUGCGUCAACGCAAGAACAGGUUCGCAUCGCAGCUUCCACGGCAUGUGCAGUAUGAAAGCUUACGCUUCUGUCGUAGACUUGUGAACAGAAGCCUCAAAGGACCUUCUUGGGCAUGCGUGGCGGUGGAAUCAUCCUCGACCUUUGCGCCUGCUUCAUCUGCUGCGAGAUGUGCGAAGCAUGCUGUGCUUGCGUCGACGAUUGUUGCUGCUGCUAGACAACGAUAUCGGGUGUUUGAAAAUGGAACUUGUUUGUUACGUUGUCAUGAAAUCAUACCCUGUUGUCUUCGUACCCCAAGUGUUGCGCUAAGGCGCAGGAAGAGCAGUCAUCGAUGUAUAGCACGAUAAAUACUCUUCUGCACCAUUCACAUCGCUUUCGAUUCGCCAAUUGUUUCCGAUCCACUGGAUAUUCGUACCUCCCCGGAGACUCAACUCCGACUCGCAUGAGUAUCCGUCACGGUGCGAGUAGGUAUUCGACACAGGUGUAAUGAUUCCAUUGUCCGCGGCAUUGGCCCUCGAUAGAAC